AUGUCACGUAAUUUAGAACCGAACAUGCCUUCCGAUCUUUUUUAUAUUAUCAAUUUUUCCUGUGCAAUCAUCGCUUCAAUUAUUGGUUUGAUAUUUAGUUUUACACUUAUAUUAAUUAUUAUUACUAAUCAACAAUGUCACAGUAUGUCUAAUUUACUUGCAUGCAAUACUUCGGUUGCCGUUAUUUUCUAUUUAAUCUUGACUAUUUCGGCAUCUAUUUAUGGUUUUCGUCAAGAUUGGACAUGGAAUUCACCAUUGUGUACUUUUCGAGCUUAUUCUUUUGUCGUUACAUUAGCUGCUGUUUGUUAUUCAUUUUCAAUACAAUCUCUUAGUCGCUUGUUUUUUGUUAUUCAUUAUAAACGAAGAUAUCUUCUUACAUGGCGUACACAUGUUAUUAUGAUUAUUUUCAAUUGGCUUAUUAGUUCAUCAAUUCCAAUGGUACCUUUAUUUAUUGAUGGAAGUCUUGGAUUAGAAAAAGAAUCACGUACUUGUAUAGUAAAAACGAAUGCAUUUUUAGCGGCAAUAUAUUGUAUGAUCAUGAUCAUUGGUAUACCAUUGUGUGUUAGUAUUAUGGUUUACUGUUCUAUUUUAUAUCAUGUACGUCAAUCAACUUAUCGAAUUUUGCGUUCUGAUCAAAAUAUAAAUAAAUACCUAACAAUACAGAAUGCUAAACGUGAGUUGAAGCUUGUACGACAUAUACUCAUUCAAAUUGUCUGUGCUUCAUGUGGUGGAAUUAUCUUUCUUAUUAAUGUCUUUUGGCAAGCAUUAUCAGAAAUACCUCUACCAAAGCCUAUGUAUUUAUUAGAAAUUAAUUUAACAACUAUGGGUGUUUCACUUAUAACUAUUGCACAUUUUAUGUUAAACACGCAAGUGAAAAAGAUUGUUUGUCGAUACUCAUGUAAUUGUUGUUAA